AUGGAGCCGAUGGACAUCAUCGGGAAGUCAAAGGAAGAUGCUUCGCUUCCGAAAGCAACCAUGACCAAGAUUAUUAAAGAGAUGUUGCCGCCAGAUGUCCGUGUUGCAAGAGAUGCUCAAGAUCUUUUGAUUGAGUGUUGUGUAGAGUUUAUAAAUCUCAUCUCAUCAGAGUCUAAUGAAGUUUGUAGCAGAGAGGAGAAAAGAACAAUAGCACCUGAGCAUGUACUCAAGGCUUUACAGGUUCUUGGGUUUAGCGAGUACAUUGAGGAAGUUUAUUCAGCAUAUGAACAACACAAGAUUGAGACUAUGCAUGACUUGGCAAAAAGUGUGAAAUGGGGCAACGGAGCCGAGAUGACAGAGGAAGAAGCCUUGGCUGAGCAGCAGAGGAUGUUUGCAGAGGCACGUGCUAGAAUGAACGGUGGAGCCACUGCGCCCAAGCAACCAGACCCUGAACAAAGUUUAGAGAGCUAA